UGUAACAGAGGCACCACCAUGUCACUGCUGGUUUUGAUGCUCCUACUGUUUUGGGAAUGUCCUACUGAAGCUUCGGUCCCACCUGUGAUUUCCUUCUCACCAAACUGGAACCCGGUUGUCGUUGAUGAUUCUGUAACUCUGACCUGUAACCUGGAUCCCAACCCUGAGGGGGAGAAGAGAUAUUCCUGGUACAGAGAUAAUAGGGAAUUAAGUCAUUAUGAGAAGAAUUAUACAAUUCAGCAUUGCAGUUCAAAUGACAGAGGGAAUUAUCAGUGCCAGGCUGGAGCCAGUGAAAAAAGUGACGCAGUACGAGUGGAUAUUGGUGGACCAAUUGUCCUACAGGCUCCGUCUACUGUCCGUGAAGGAGAUUCCCUGUCUCUUCGAUGUCAGAGUUGGUCUAAAGAUCGAUUCGUAUAUGUUCAGUUUUAUAAGGAUGAUACCGUCAUGCAACCUCCAGGCACUGGUUCUGUUUUACAGGCUGGGAAAGCACUUCGGUCUAUGACUGGCACUUACAGAUGCGCUAAGCUAUUUGAUAAACACGUUACUUUAACAUACAGCCCGAAGACAUUUAUUUAUGUCACAGGAGCUGGAAUUAAACCCGUGGUGUCCAUUAAUCCAGAAUGGGGCAAUAUACUAUUAAUGGACUCUGUAACAUUGAGCUGUAAUGUGGAGCCUACCAUACAGGAGAGUCCGAGGUACGUCUGGUACAAAGAUGGAGACUGGAUACGUGAAGAACAGAAGAACUUUACAGUGAAGUAUGCCUACGAGAAAGACUUUGGCAAUUACCAGUGCCAGAUACCCGGUAGUGAAAGAAGUGAAUCUGUUAGAUUAGAUGGUAAAAGUGGAGAUUUCAUCCUGCAAGCGCCCCCUACAGUUCAUGAAGGAGACCUCGUAUAUCUGAGAUGUCACCGUUCCAUUAAAUUCUUAAAGUCCCGUUUAAAUACUCAGAAAAAUAUAACACUUCACAAGGACAAUGAGUUUAUAACAUAUUCUGUCACUGAAUCUCCAGUCUUGAUUGGGAGAGCAGAUAAAAAUACAUCCGGCACAUACAAAUGUACUCUUGUUAAUGAGCCUCGUCUUUCUGAUGAACUAGUUAUAUCCGUCACAGAGCUAUUUUCUGAUCCUUAUAUAAAGGUGAACCCAGGUGAAGUUUUAAAAGGAGAUCACAUGACCAUAACAUGUGACACAAAGCUCAGCCCACACAGAGAGACUACAAAGCUGCAGUUUGCUUUCUACAGAAAUGGGCACAAUGUGCAGGGAUUCAGUUCAUCCAACCAAUAUGGAGUCCCCUCAGCUCAGCUGGAGCAUUCUGGGAAUUAUACAUGUGAGGUACAAACUGCAUCUGAGCGUGUGAGAAAGAUGAGCAACAUCUCACAUAUAAGUAUAGUGGCUAGAAACCAAAGAGUACAAAAUACAGUGAGACUGGUAUUGUCUGCAGUUAUAUUCAUCAUUACAUUGUGUCUUCCCUUCUACCACAAAAAGACGAUGGAAGUAACAUAUUCCCAAGUGACAGAGAAGAACAGAUAGUGCAGCAGGACUGGGGAAUGUUCUUCCCAGAAGUCCGUUUUAGCUGUACAGUGGAGAAUUCAGAUUGGCGCAUAAACUCUUCCUCUUCUUUAUCAUUUUUUUUGGCUGUUCCGGUUGUUCACUUGGGGAGAAAGCUGUGCUAAAGAAAAAACAGCACUUUCGUGUACCUUGUGGUAGGUCCGUGACAUCACUAAAACAGGAAGUUCUGUCCUGGAAGUGCCAGGUGCCUGCAUGCAUGCAGGAAAAGAAGAUAGCUGGUGAAAUAGAUGGUGUGGACCCCUUGGAUGGCACAAAAAAGCAGCAAAGUGAAUUCUCCUCUUCAACAUAGCUGAUUUUAAGGAUAUAGCACUAUUUUCAAAGUUGUUAAAGUAUGUUGACUAAAUGGGGUAUGGUGGCAAAAAAGUGUUACUGGUCAUUUAACCCCUUCACUUUUACAUUCUUUUUUAGCAGGGCUUCUUCACCAUUUUGUAUCAGUAUUGGUUGCUUUGUAUGUACAUUUGUAUGUUCUGUUUAUGUAUGUUCCAAUGUAUUGUACAGUUCACAAUAAUAAUAAAUACAAUAAUAAUACCCUCUAAUACCCUCCUUUACCAGUUAAGUUGCAUAUCU